CUUUAUUUUGUUUGCAGUCGAUGGUGUCGUCCUUCAGGGAUCACCGUGUGACGGUGAUUGGAUUUGUGACAAACCUCGCUGUUUCCUCUUCGUUCCAACAUCAACGACUUGCGCUAAUGCUGAGAUGAAUUGUCAGGCUCGAGGUGGAAACCUUGCAUCAGUGCGCAGCUUUGAUGAGUAUCACUUUAUUCAGGGAAUAAUACUGAAGCAGACUCAAAUGUAUCCACCAACAUGGAUUGGAGGCUCAGACGCAGAACAGGAGGGUACUUGGCUGUGGAGUGAUGGUUCACGUUUCACCUAUUUGAACUGGUGUCAAGGAGAGCCUAACAACCAACGUGGCGAUCAGCACUGUUCGGUGAUGAACUUUAGUGGUAAGUCAAGAACCCUUCCAGCAGAGAAACCCCUUACAAAGUACUCUGUUCAAAAAGAACCAUCCAUUCAAGAAGCUGUUCCAGAAGCACAGCCUGAUGUAAUGGCAGUGGGAGCAUCUAUGGAAGAUGAUGAUGGUCACACUGUCCAAAGAUCAAGCACUUGUCCCAGUGGUUGGCUUCAACACUACAAUCACUGUUUCCUCUUCGUUGGAAUACCAAUGCGUUGGGCUGAUGCUGAGAUGAAUUGUCAGGCUCGAGGUGGACGCCUUGCAUCAGUGCACAGCUUUGAUGAGUAUUACACUAUUCAGGGAAUGAUAUUGAGGCAGACUGGAAUGUAUCCAUCUACAUGGCUUGGAGGCUCAGAUGCACAACAGGAGAGAACUUGGCUGUGGAUUGAUGGUUCAUAUUAUAACUAUGGGUACUGGUGUCCAGGAGAGCCUAACAACCAAUAUGGCAAUCAGCACUGUUUGGUGAUGAACUUUGGUGAUCAAAAAAGAUGGGAUGAUUUGCAGUGUUAUUACCAACGCCCAUUCGUCUGUUCAAAGACUCUUGAAUCCUGCCUUGGCUGACGAGCGUGUCAAGAACUCCAACUCAUCAGUCUCAUAUUUAAUCUGAAGGCUCUAUAUCUUAUCUCAUAACUCUGUUUUUUUCUUACUAUC